GCCAAUUCCAACGACACCGAGACCCCAAUCGACGACCACCGUCUCCGCUCAAUGGACCUCAAUUCUUUCGGCGCCGCUCGUUGCAAGGAGGCUCUCUCAUCCUACGACGCCGUAAUCAGAGACCUCGGUAAACCGAAUCUAGUCUCCCUCGAUGAUUUCUACCGCAGGGAGCUCCCGGAACUCCUCCGCCAACGGAACCCUAAUCCCCACAUCACCGCCGGCGAGCUCUCCAGGCUUAUGGAGUGGAAGCUCGCGCGCGGAAAAUGGAGGCCCCGGUUGCUUUCCUUCAUGUCCGCCCUGGACGACGCCGUCGUGCGGGAGGCCUCCACCAAGGCGUUUGCUUCCUUGCCUGAUGUCUCGAAGGCCGUGCAAGAGCUAACGGUGCUGAAGGGCGUGGGACCCGCCACCGCCUCCGCCGUGCUGGCUGCCUAUGCGCCGGAGGUUGCCCCUUUCAUGUCCGACGAGGCCUUGAUCGUUGUGACUGGAGACACAAAGGACUAUUCUUUGAAGCGGUAUGUGGCGUUUGCAGAAAAGAUGCAGAUAAAGGCAAAGGAAUUGUCUUCUUCGGAGGAUUUAUUUACACCAUCAGAUGUUGAAAGGGCCUUGUGGAGUUCUACCAUCGGUGCCAAAUUGAAAACAAUUUCGACAAUGACAGAUGAGGUUCAGCGGGAGAACAAGUACAAAAGAAAGAGAAAGAGAUGACGCGCUUUUGGUUCAAGGUGAAUAUUUGCCCACCUACUAUUUAGGUUUCCCUUUUUUGUUUUUCUUUAUUCAUUUUCGUUUGUCUUAGUUUAGUGUAAUACACAAGUGACUUGCUGUAUUUAUUUGAUGUAAUGUAACUGUUGUUAUCUGUAACACAGUGGUUUUGGGUUUUGUUAGUCUUUAUGUCAAUUUGAGAGUAGGGAAUCUCUUCCAUUGUCUAAUUAUGUUUUAAUAG